AAUGUGGCCAGAGUCAUAGUUGACUUAAAAAUUCUCCAACAGUUAGAUCAAGAAGAAGAAAGUUAUGUUCAUCAUAUUCCUGCAUCAACUGUUAGAGCAAGAUCAAGUCAUGUUUCUCCCAAUCUCACUCUCAAUCUUAACAAUUCUCUUCUUCUCUGCAAUUCUCUAUCUCUUCGCUAAGCUUAGGACAAAAUCUGAUGAUGAUGUGUCCAAGCUCAAUCCACCACCAUCUCCACCAAGAAUACCAAUCUUUGGAAACAUUCAUCAAUUAGGUCCGAUGCUUCACCAAUCUUUUCACAAUCUAUCCAGCAAGUAUGGUCCAUUGAUUCUCUUAAAUUUAGGACAAAAACCCAUACUUGUAGUUUCAUCAGCAGAGAUGGCAACUCAAAUUUGUAAAACAAAUGAUGUAAUUUUCUCAAAUAGGUUCAGUACAAAAGCUUCUAAAGUUAUCUUCUGUGGUGGAAAUGAUAUAGCUAUAGCUCCAUAUGGUGAUUACUGGAGGAAAGUCAGAAAAUUCUGUGUUCUUGAAUUGCUGAGCCACAAAAGGAUUCAAUCAUUCAAGUUUGUAAGAGAAGAAGAAGUCAAUAGAGUCAUGGAGAGGAUAAAUUGUGCAGCUAGUGAGCCAGGUAUGUCGAUUAAUUUGACAGAGAUUAUGUUCACGAUGUUGAAUACGAUUAUCUUUAGGUGUUCACUUGGUGACAAUUUUAACAAAGAUCAUGUAGAUAGUUUUGGUAGAUUGAUUAAAAAAGCUACGACAUUGAUUGAGUCUAUGUGCUUUGAAGAUUUCUUUCCAUUGCUGAAAUGGGUAGAUGUUCUAAAUGGAUUCCAGGGGAAGCUAGAUAGAACAUCUCAAGAAUUAGAUAAUUUCUUUAAUCAAGUCUUUGAUGAUCAUCUUCGUUCGGAGGAUCAGGGUUGCAAAGAUGACAAGAAGAUGAAUUUUAUUGAUUUGCUUCUUCUCCACGCUGAAGAAGACAAUCUUAGUUUGUCCAGGGAUGAUAUCAAGGGGAUUAUAAUGGACAUGUUUGUUGGUGGGAGUGAUACCACUGCUACAGCCGUUGAGUGGUCUAUGGCGGAGCUCAUAAAGAAUCCAAGGCUGAUGAAGAAAGCACAAGAAGAGGUAAGGAGAGUGGUUGGUAACAGAAUGAAAGUUGAUGAGCAAGACAUCAAUCAAAUGGAGUACUUGAAAUGUGUUGUCAAGGAAAGUAUGCGUCUACAUCCGCCUUUACCGACUUUGAUUGGAAGAGUUUCCACUGCUGCUGCUAAAAUUGGAGAUUAUGAUAUCCCAACAAAUACUGGGGUUUUCAUUAAUGCCUGGGCAAUUCAAAGAGACCCCAAAUUGUGGGAUAAACCAGAGGAGUUUUUUCCUGAGAGAUUUAGAAACAACCCUGUUGAUUUUAAAGGUCAGGAUUUUGAGUUCAUCCCAUUUGGGUCUGGGAGAAGAGGGUGCCCUGGAAUGGCUUUUGGCAUUGCAGUUGUGGAGUUUCUUCUUGCCAAUCUCUUGUACCACUUCAAUUGGGAAUUGCCUGGUGGUGCUAACUGCGAGGAAUUAGACAUGACUGAAGGUUUUGGAAUCACGGUUAAUAGGAAGAUACCUCUUCAUGUUGUUCCAAUAUUGUUUCAUUCAGCUUCUUCUUAAUCUGUCUUUAUAUAUGUACAGCGAUUGUCUAAUAAAAUUUGGUGUGAUUGGAAAAAAAGGACCUAUGUAAGAGCACUUGUACUCCAUAUCUAGUACAGGUUGUCCGGGGAGUGUGCGUCCUUUGUGUAGAGGGAUGUAAAACAUUGGUGUUUGGGAUUGUUGGGAGAUCUGCAAGUGCGAGGUCUUUGGCUAAUAGGAGUUUGGCUUUUCAAAUGCGCCUGCUCUACUUUAAUGUACCUGAGGGAAAGGGAAGCGCACCUGUUAGUUUUCCCCUGGCUGCAAGAUGAAUGGGUACCCCUAAUGACUUGCUUGGAGUAACUGACCUUAUCGCCCUUCACUGUGCUUUCACUGAUGAAAGUGUUCAGAUUGUAAAUGCUGAAUUCCUGCAGCAAGUAAAACCUUGUAAGUUGUCGAUUGCUUUACUAUGUUAUAAAAUUAUCUUUUUCUUCUUUAGGAUCUUUUUUUGCAAAUACUAGUACUCAGUUGCUGGACGAUGGUGCUCUCAAACGACUUUUAAUUGAUGGCACCACUGCUCGCUGUGCGCUGGAUGGUGCUGAAGGGCCACAACGGAUGGAAGCAUGAGUACGGGCAUUAACCUUAGGGGAAAGAAGAUGCUGAAUGUAUUGAUGUUACCCUGCAGUGCAGAUUGCAGGGAAGCAGUGUGGAUGGAGAUAUGUGAAAAAGCUAUCUCCAUAUUGCAGUCUUACUUUUUGGGUAAAAGGAAGAUGGACAAUUUGGGAGCCAAGACAAAGAAAGAGGACAUCCAGAAAGCGGCAAAUUUUAAUCUUCCAGGUUGAAAACAAAGAAAGAGGACAAGACGAAUUUUAAAAAUUCGUGCAUUAUGAAAAGUGCAUCAAGUUGAAGGUGUGUGAACUCUUCCAGAUAAAUAGAAGAAUGGAGUUUGUAUUUCACAUCUUUGAUGUGUGGGAAUUGUGCUUUGGAAAGGUUCUCUUCUUGAGGAGUGCAGGCUUGUCAAUUCUAGAAACCCUCCCUAAGUUCUGUUUCUUUGGUCUUAGUUAUUAUCGAGGUAGUCUGUUGUUUCUCCUUGUCGAACCACUUGUGCAUAUGUAGUUAGCAUCUAUGUGGCUAAAUCUGAAAAGUUUAUCUUUCUCAAUCUACCAUUUUUUUUUGUUUUGUUUUAACUACAUCCCCAGGAACUUGAGAGAAAUUAGAAAUCUGAAAAAAAUCAUGCCACAAUUUGCUAGUUUGGCACUACUGAAGGAUAUUUAUUGAUAAUCCCUCUUUUGCAAUGCCUGAGGCCCUGAAUGACAUCUUCUCUUUCUUGUUAGAAGUAUUUUAAUUUGGUGUUCCCCGAUCUUCUUUCGUCUCAAUAUGGAACCCAUUAGUAAAUCAAAUUCCGAAAGAAGUCGCAGUA